CCUCUCUCUCUCUCAUUCUCUAAUUCUCUGCGCACAGUUGACCACAUAGCUAGCACAGAACUUCAGAUGGACUCGUCCUCCCCUCGUGCGCCCCGGUCAACCUUCCCAGCCACCGGGCACGCUCCAACCAGCCUCACAAAGCCUGCUGAAGACGAAGCAGCAGCGCAUAUGGCGCUCGAUCUGGUCAAGGAGAAGGAACACCAUCCCGUCCGAGCCGAACCUCUCGAGAUCAUGCCUUUCCGUUUCAGUUCAUCCCAGGUCGAGGCGAGCAAGGACGUGGAGGAAAAAACUUUGGACAGAACUACGGUGAUGAUGACCUCCAGAUCAACAGAGGGGAUCCGCGAUCAAGCACUAGGGGAGUACGGUGGCCAGCCGCUGUUGAUGGAAGAAGUGCGGCGGUGUAACCGUGGCAAUGGCCGUGGCAGCGUGUGCAGAGCGAUCGCACACCCCGGCUACGUCUUGUGCUUGAGGCACGUCGAGGCCCGUCGCAAUAGCUACAACAAGUUGCAGUUAAAGAGGAAGCAGCAAGCCUCGGAGGCUGCAGGAGAUCUGAAGGACAAGCAUACAGCAGCUGGUCCACCUAAUCAUCUUUCAUCUCAGAUAGUACUCCUUCCGUCCGGUUUUAAGUGUCGCAAAUUUUAUCUAGAUACGCAUGUACCUACACAAUAAAAUGUGUUUAUGUACAUGCAUAUCUAGGAAAAAUUGCGACCGGACGGAAAGAGUGCUUGCUAAGACGGGCGAACCGGUAGUGGUUUAUGAUGCUACUACAUACUCCCUCCGAUUCAUAACAAGUAUCUUAGAUUUAGUAUUAUGGAUCGGAAGGAGUAUUGAACUGGCUUAAUUCGCCGAGAGGCAGAAGCAAACAGUAAGAUCGCUCCAUGGCGAGCAGAUGGUGCCAAUCAGAUGGAUCUUUUGCAGCGUGGGGGAAGUCCUCCUUUUCGAAAAAAAUAAAAUUGAGCCGUUGCCAGGGCCCCUUUUGUUGAUUUUA